AUGAUUUUAGGAUUCCAAUAGAAAGCAGAGGACUAGCUGAGCAGCCCAGAGGAGAAGCAGAAUGUGACGUGGGUGGUGAGGCUUGGCUGCUUAGAUUCUGAGCAGAUCUCUGCCUCAGAAUGAAUUCCAACACCAUGGAGGCAAAGCCAAGGGCCAAAGAAAAUAUGAAGAAGUUUCUAAAUCCUCGCCAUAAAAGAAAGCUAAAAAUGACUGCAACUCCUUAUAAAUGUCAACAUUUUGUGCCAAGUUUGCUUAAAGGGAAGCCAAAUAUAAUGGGGGUUCUCCAGAUUUUGAUAGGUCUAAUCAUCACUUUGUUUGGAGCCUUAUUAUUUUCCAACACCAACAAAACUGGCCUUCCAAAGUCAAGUAUUCCUCGUUUCUUUAUCACACGAUAUCCAUUCUGGACAGGAGCAUGUUACACCAUUACAGGAGUCUUUACCAUUCUUAAUGGUGUGAAAUAUGAAAGUCAGGAUCGCAUGAGUCUUUACAUGGAUGUUCUCAGUGCCAUGGUCUCUGCAUCUGGGAUAGGCGUCCUCUUCUACAGCCUCUCUGUCCAGCAGUUUCUUCAAUGUGUUCGCCCUUCAGCAGGCAGCAUAUGUAUCAUGAGUGAAAUCCUUCUUCAUGGUGUUCUGUCUGUCUUGCUGAUCCUCACCAUCCUCCAAUUCUCCAUUGCUGCAAUAGUCUUAGCCUUGAAGUGGAAAAGAACAGGGGAAAGCCCUGAAGAUGAGGCAAGCUCAACAUCACUGAGAGAACCAAGACAGGCUGUGACAUCUUGGAAGAAUACAUAUUUUGGGUCAUCUGAAGUCAAGGAGCCCAAAAAAACUGAGAAUGUGGAAAACCAACUGCAAAUCCAGAUUGAGAAAAAUCAUUCUGACAAAAAUGAGGAAAAAAAAUCGGUCUCCUUAAUUAGAGGCUACACUUUCUUUAAACUAAGAUCUUUAGGAAGUCCUGUAACCCACCCACCUCCUUCUUCUUCCCCCCCUCCUCCUCCCCCUCCCCCUCCCCCUCCCAUUCCCCCUCCUCCUCCACCGCCUUCCCCAAAAGUACCAGAAGAAAUGAUUCAAUUUUCAGUUUCAACACAAAAUCCACAAUGCAAUACUUCAACUUCCACAAGUGAAUCCAAGCAAGUUUCAUAUUUCUCUGGCCCAAGUUCAAGUAAAUUGUCACAAGGAUCAUCUUUGUUGGAACCAACUUUAGUGGACAAAUCUGUUCAAGUUUCCUCAUAUUCAGAUCUAAGUUCAGGGGGAGAAGUAACAGAAUUUCCUCCUUCUUCCAGCACAAGUUCAGUUAGUGCAUCCACAAAAUGUGUCUCUACCUCCAGCUCAGAAGAUCCCAUUGCUUUCAAACUAGAAGCAAUGAGCAUAUCUGUGCAAUUUCCUUCUAUCUCGGGCACACCUACACCAACAGAAACCACAGGAAAUCAAUCCAUGGAAGAUGCCACACCUUCAGACCUCUUUGCAUUGACCAAAUCUGUGCAAUUCCCUUCUGUCUCAUAUGGGGCUACAUCAACAGAAGCAACAGAAAGUCAGUCUAUGGAAGAUGCCACACCAUCAGACCUCUUUGCACCAACCAAAUCUGUGCAAUUUCCUUCUGUCUCAUGCACGACUACAUCGACUGAAGUCAGAGAUGCCACACCUUCAGACCUCUUUGCACUGACCAAGUCGAUGCAAUUUCCUUCUGUCUCAUGCACGACUAUGUCCACUGAAGUCAGAGAUGCCACACCUUCUGACCUCUUUGCACUGACCAAAUCUCUUCAGUUUCCUUCUUUCUCAUGCACAACUACGUCUACUGAAGUCAGAGAUGCCACACCUUCAGACCUCUUUGCACUGACCAAAUCUCUUCAGUUUCCUUCUGUCUCAUGCACGACUAUGUCCACUGAAGUCAGAGAUGCCACACCUUCUGACCUCUUUGCACUUACCAAAUCGAUGCAAUUUCCUUCUGUCUCAUGCACGACUAUGUCGACUGAAGUCAGAGAUGCCACACCUUCUGACUUCUUUGCACUGACCAAAUCGAUGCAAUUUCCUUCUGUCUCAUGCACGACUAUGUCGACUGAAGUCAGAGAUGCCACACCUUCAGACCUCUUUGCACUGACCAAAUCUCUUCAGUUUCCUUCUGUCUCAUGCACGACUACGUCGACUGAAGUCAGAGACGCCACACCUUCAGACCUCUUUGCACUGACCAAAUCUCUUCAGUUUCCUUCUGUCUCAUGCACGACUACGUCCACUGAAGUCAGAGAUGCCACACCUUCUGACCUCUUUGCACUGACCAAAUCGAUGCAAUUUCCUUCUGUCUCAUGCACGACUACGUCCACUGAAGUCAGAGAUGCCACACCUUCAGACCUCUUUGUACUGACCAAAUCGAUGCAAUUUCCUUCUGUCUCAUGCACGACUACGUCGACUGAAGUCAGAGACGCCACACCUUCAGACCUCUUUGCAGUGACCAAAUCGAUGCAAUUUCCUUCUGUCUCAUGCACGACUAUGUCGACUGAAGUCAGAGAUGCCACACCUUCAGACCUCUUUACACUGACCAAAUCUGUUCAGUUUCCUUCUUUCUCAUGCACGACUAUGUCGACUGAAGUCAGAGACGCCACACCUUCAGACCUCUUUGCACUGACCAAAUCUCUUCAGUUUCCUUCUGUCUCAUGCACGACUACGUCGACUGAAGUCAGAGAUGCCACACCUUCUGACCUCUUUGCACUGACCAAAUCGGUGCAAUUUCCUUCUGUCUCAUGCACGACUACGUCGACUGAAGUCAGAGACGCCACACCUUCUGACCUCUUUGCACUGACCAAAUCUGUGCAAUUUCCUUCUGUCUCAUGCACGACUACGUCGACUGAAGUCAGAGACGCCACACCUUCUGACCUCUUUGCACUGACCAAAUCGGUGCAAUUUCCUUCUGUCUCAUGCACGACUACGUCGACUGAAGUCAGAGACGCCACACCUUCUGACCUCUUUGCACUGACCAAAUCGGUGCAAUUUCCUUCUAUCUCAUGCACGACUACGUCGACUGAAGUCAGAGACGCCACACCUUCUGACCUCUUUGCACUGACCAAAUCGGUGCAAUUUCCUUCUGUCUCAUGCAUGACUACGUCGACUGAAGUCAGAGAUGCCACACCUUCUGACCUCUUUGCACUGACCAAAUCGAUGCAAUUUCCUUCUGUCUCAUGCAUGACUACAUCGACUGAAGUCAGAGAUGCCACAUCUUCUGACCUCUUUGCACUGACCAAAUCUGUGCAAUUUCCUUCUGUCUCAUGCACGACUACGUUGACUGAAGUCAGAGAUGCCACACCUUCAGACCUACUUGCAUUGACCAAGUCUAUGCAAUUUCCUUCUGUCUCAUACACAGCUGCAUCAACUGAUGUCACACCUUCAGGCAUCCUUGCACAAACUAAAUCUGUGCAAUUUCCUUCUAUCUCAGAAAUGGUUAUACCAACAGAAGACACAGAAAAUCAAUCCAUGGAAGAUACCACACCUUCAAGCCUCCUCGAAUUGACCAAAUCUAUACAAUUUCCUUCUGUCUCAUACACAGCUACGCUAAUAGAAGCCACAGAAAAUCAAUCCAUGGAAGAUACCACACCUUCAAGCCUCCUCGCAUUAACCAAAUCUAUACAAUUUCCUUCUGUCUCAUACACAGCUACACCAACAGAAGCCACAGAAAAUCAAUCCAUGGAAGAUACCACACCUUCAAGCCUCCUUGCAUUAACCAAAUCUAUACAAUUUCCUUCUGUCUCAUACACAGCUACACCAACAGAAGCCACAGAAAAUCAAUCCAUAGAAGACACCACACCUUCAGGCCUACUUGUACUGUCUAAAUAUGUACAAUUUCCUUCUAUCUCAGGGAUCGCUACACCAACAGAAGUCCCAGAAAAUCCUCCUCCCUCCAAUUUCAGUUCAGUGACUCAAUCUAUGGAGAAUGCCACAGCUUUAGACCCACUUUUGCUCACCAAAUCUGUGCAAUGUCCUUCUAUCUCAGGCAUGGAUACCUCAACAGAAGUACCACAAAAUCCUCCUCCAUCCAUUGUCAUUUCAAUAACUCAAAGCACAGAAGAUACCACAUCUUCAAGCCCUCUUUCACUGACCAAAUCUAUGCAACUUUCUUCUAUCUCAGCCACGGCUACCUCAACAGAAGUCCCAGAAAAUCCUCCUCCAUCUAAUUUCAGUUCAGCACGGCUACCUCAACAGAAGUCCCAGAAAAUCCUCCGCUAUCUAAUUUCAGUUCAGUGA